AUGCUCGCAGCCGGGAUACAGGACGGGUUUACUAUAUGGUGCCAUAUCACGCGAGCUGUCCUGUGGACAGUGAACGGGGAUGGUGAAAACGUGAUCACAGAUGUCGCCUUUUCGCCAGAUUCUUCCUUAUUCGCAACUGCAGGGUACAACGGCUGUUUGACUCUCCAUGAUCUUUCGACGAGGCGCGAAAUCCGGAACUUCGCGGCCCGCGGUAACAAUAGGGCUUAUAUUUGGAAAGUAGCCUUUUCGAAAGAUGGUACUUUGCUUGCCGCAGGCUUACCCGACCCUGACGACAUGAUUGGGAUUUGGGAUGUCGCCACAGGGGCUUUAGUCCAUCAGUUGAAAGGCCAUUCGAAGCGCAUUCUCGCGCUGAGCUUCUCGCGCAAAGCCGAGGGACACGGAGGGGGACUACUGGCAUCGGUGUCAGAUGACGGGACAGCCAGGCUUUGGGAUAUCUUGUCAGGAAAAUCGCGACGCAUCCUCGAGCAUAUUCCUGACCACGGAUGUGCCAUUGAGUUUAUUCCUAACGAUAGCACAUUGAUGCCGUCGCGUGAUGGGACACUCCAAAUCUGGAAACCAAGCGAGGGGCGUCUAUCGCUAUCUCGUCGCCAAACUUUGAUCGAGCCCAAAAAGGGGCUUUAUGCGGAUUGGGUCCUUAAUCUAAGUCUAGGAGUGAUCUCGCCUGAUGGCAAGCUGCUGGCGGAGGUGGAAUCCAUAUCUGGCGGAGUUCAGUUUUAUGAUGCUGGCUCCGGUAGGAAAAAGGAGUUGGUCCAUGGGCGUCUGGAAAGGGUCGACAUCAUUGCCUUCUCUCCGGAUGGUACAAGGGUAGCAGUGGCUAAUCGACGCGAGGACAGGGUAGAGAUAUGGCAGCGGCCGCGGGAGAAGGCGACCGAUUCAGCUCACAGUAUCGACGAGUAUGCACCGUCGGCUACCAACAAGUAUUUCACGAUCACUAUAGACCGUAAGGGGUAUGAUGAUAGGCAAAACAGCCGGAGAAUAAUGGCCUUCUCCUCAAACAGCAAGGUCCUCGGAUUGGUGGAAACGGCGGGGUAUUAUCCAAACGGGACCUUGCAUCUGUGGGAUUCAACGACGGGGAGAUAUAUUGACGAACUCCAGUUUGAUGACUAUCGGAACACGGAACCUCAUUUUACCUUUUCGGCGGAUACCAGACUCCUGGCGAUUGCCGGUCAAGAAGAACGCAUCGAAUACUUCAAGCCCUAUGUCGGCAGCGAAAAGCAGAUCGAUAUAUAUGAGAUCACUGCUUACGGCCUGAAGCAGAGGCAGACUAUCAUCCUUCGCUCUCUCGACAUCGACCAGCUGGCAUUUUCACCGGACUGUACAAUUCUAGCGACCGUCUCUUCCCAGGGAGUCAGGCUCUGGGAUAUUGCUACCGGGAAGAUUCAGCUGACAUGCCCCGCCCUUGACCAAGUGAGUAGCACCGGCUUCUCCUCUGACGGCAAAUUCUUUGCCUACGGGCUGGGCAGUGGGAUAAUCCAGCGAUGGAACAUAAGGACGCGAGCGCAGCUGUUAGCCCUCACCGGUCCCACGUGUCCAGUCGUCCAGGUUGCAUUCUCAUCUGACAGCAAGACCCUGGCGUCCGCGACGGCAGACGGGAUAAUCACGCUCUGGGAUUUGACCCUGGGGACCGCGGUACGGACGUUCAGCGCUGACGUAGACAUCACCGAUCUUUGCUUUCAGGACAAUGACCGGCGCCUUGGGACUAACCUAGAGGUCUUCUCACUGGAAGAGUCCGAUGGUGACACUGGACAUCCUGUCAGAUUGUUGUCUCGCCCUAGGUAUGGACUGAGAGGCAACUGGGUAACAAGGAACGGCGAAAAUUGGCUCUGGCUGCCCUGGGAUUAUCGAGCCCUUUGCCUCGCGUAUCACGGCGAUUGCGUUGCUUUGCAGCUCAGAUUCGGGGGUGUGAUUUUCAUCGGCUUCCGCUAG